UAGGUUGUUGCAGGCAAAAGCAUGCUUAGCGUGGUUGUGUUGACAGUCAGCUGUCUAGUGUCAAAACUUGAUUCACAGACCAAGAAGCUUCAGUAGAUUAUGGGAUUUAACAGUUUUGUCACCCUUGUGCACCGACAUUAGGUUUUAAAGAUGCACGUAAAGGAAUGCAUCGUGUCUGCACCGGGGAAAGCAAUUCUCCACGGCGAACAUGCGGUAGUGCAUGGCAAGGUGGCUCUGGCGGUGAGUUUAAACCUACGGACAUAUUUACGGUUGCGCGCCACAUCCAACGGCAAAGUGUGCAUCAACCUCUUAAACAUCGACACGUUCCUGAGCUGGGAUGUGACGGAACUGCAGCGGCUCAUACCAGACUCUGUUGCUGAUCUGAAGAGCCUAAAUGAGCUUAAUGCCGAACUGGUCACGAGACUGCGUGACUUUGUCGGUGUGUCGAACGGGAAUUUGGAUACCCGCAGCAUGGCCAUCCUGGCCUUUCUCUACAUCUACCUGUGUGUCUUUGCAGGACCAGGCAACCUGCCCAGCCUGACGGUGGCGGUGUGGUCUGAGCUGCCGACAGGAGCGGGCCUGGGCUCCAGCGCUGCCUUCUCUGUGUGUCUGGCUGCAGCGCUGCUGUCUGCCAGCGGGGACGUCCCCUGCCCCCCAGCCAAUCAGGAGGACACAGCCAGGUGGGGGGAGGAUGACCUGCAGCUGAUCAACAGGUGGGCGUUCCAGGGUGAGAGGAUGAUCCAUGGGAACCCUUCAGGGGUCGACAAUGCUGUGGGGACCUGGGGGGGCAUUUUGAGGUACCACUCGGGGAAGAUCACACCUCUGAGCAGGGUCCCCGUGCUCAGGAUCCUACUCACCAACACUAAAGUCCCCCGCAGCACCAAGGUGCUUGUCGCCGGAGUGAAGGACAAAAUUAACAAGUUCCCCUCGGUCCUGACGCCCGUGCUGGACUCAGUGGAUGCCGUGUCCCGUACGUGCGAGCAGACUCUGUCAGACAUGACCAGGGUUUCCUCCAGGUUGGCCUCAAUAGUGACCAGGCUGUUGUGUUGCUCCUGCCCUGCCAUGCUGGCCUGUCUGCAGAGGAGGCAGAACCCUCCACCUCAACACCACCCGGUGUGCACCAGCAAGAGCCUGGAGCCGCCGCAAGCCCUCGCCCGAAAAUGUGAGCUGGCGGUGCCCAUGCAUUCCCCGCGCUACCCCAGCGUGGCCGAGCUGGACGCUUACGCCCAGAAGACCGCCAGCAGCCCUCUCUCCAUCAAGAUCUUCCCCACCAACAUCAGGGUCCCCCAGCACAAGCACCUUAACCGGACUGUGAACGGCUACGACACCACAGGCCAGCGCUACAACCCUUACCCACUCUUCCACACGGGGGGAUAUCACGGCCUGCUGGCCAUCGUCAAGACCUCCUCGUCCUCGUCGCUCUCCUCUUCUUUUGCCCCCGCCAAGGGGGUUCUCAAGAACUCGGAAGGCAGGCGGACUAAACUCUCCCCGGCUCAGAUCGCUGUGGCUCCGUACCCGCCGCCUAGCAGUAGCACUUUAGCCAAUGGCCACGGUCAGGUGGUGUACCACACGGGGCCCUCCAAGCCCCCCGAGGGCCCCGGCCUCUCGGUCCCUCCCAACGUCACCGUAGCUGGCUCGGUGAUCCCCAUGACCGGGGGCCGGGGCCUGGCCCUGCCCCCCCAAUCCAACCUGCCCUCCAUCCAGAGCAUCAUCUACCAGAUCAACCAGCACUGCCAAGCCCAGGCCCUGCAGCAGGUGUGCCAGCCCGGGGGCGCCCCCUCGAUGCCCUCCAGCCACAGCCCUUGCAAGCAGGGCAUGGGGGUCUCGUCGGGGUCCUCCGGAGCGGGCUACGUGUCGGGCAUGGCUCCCCAGCCCAACCUGGUGUACAGCGGGGGGGUGGCGGGGCUUCCCGUCCACAGCUCGGAGGCUGUGAAGGCUGGGAUGUACUCAGACAGCAUGGACUACAUCCUGUGGCAGAAGCAGCAGCAGCAGCAGCAGGCCGUGCUCCGCAUGUACAGCGCAGGGAGCGGGGGAGGAGGGGCCAUCAGCAAGUCCCCCGAGACCUGCCUCCCUGGAGGGGCCAUGAUGGCUGCUCAGGUGUCCUCCUCCUCCUCCAGGCCGUACCACCUGACGGCCAGCGGGGGAGCCGGAGGCCUGGACAAAGUCAGCUCGUCCCCGCUGAACUGCGUUGGGAUGCACGGGAACUUCUCCGUGGGCCAGUACUUCGCCCCGCCGUGGAACAGCGUGCUGGUGACCCCCGACAGUGACUGCUACAACCCUCAGGACCUCCUGGGGACCUCCGCAGCCGGGCCCAACACGGGCCACAGGGAGAUGGGCUACCCUCACCACCAUCACCACCACCACCACCACCACCCCGCUAUAGACAGUGGCGGAGGCCUGUGCUGCAGCCUGCCCAGUAAGAGCCUGUGCAACACCGCUGUGCUCAGCAGCAGUCUGCAGUCUCUGGAGUACCUGAUCAACGACAUCCACCCGCCCUGCAUCAAGGAGCAGAUGUUGGGGAAAGGCUACGAGACUGUGUCCGUGCCCCGGCUGCUUGACCACCAGCAUGCUCACAUCCGCCUCCCGGUUUACAGAUAGAGAGGGGGGGGGGAGGGAGAGAGAGAGAAGAGGGGUGGUUUGGAGAAACACAAAUCGAGUGUGACAAACGAAUCAAGAGCUAGGGGAGAGAGCCUGGUUUUAAGGGAUCGGUCUCGGCACUGGGGUGACUUGGUGGAGGGCUCUGGGGGGGUGGGGUGGAGGGGGUGAAGGGGAAGGGGGGUGCUGUGUGAGGAGGAGGAGGGUUAGCUGGGGAUGUUCAGCUCCUAGGUGGGGUCUACUGUGGGGAGAGAAAAGGGAUUGGAGAAGUUCCUGGUGUCCAGACUAAAGAUUAUCCAGACUUUCCAUGGUGUGGUUUGCCAACAGGAAUUUUGGAUAGUUUAUUUUUUUCUUUUGUUGUUAUAUUUUUUGUUGUUGCUUUGACUGAACUUUUUUUUUGGGGGGGGGUGGGGGGGUGGGAAUGUUAGCUUGAAGUGCAUAAAGUCUCCUCUGUUCCCUUUCCAAAUACUAUGUACUAAGCCACUGGGGUGAUCGUCACUGCGAUGUGUUUGAAGGGCCAACGUUCUGAGCCUCAUUCUAAACCACACACACAGACAUGUAACCACACACACAGACAUGUAACCACACACACAGACAUGUAACCACACACACAGACAUGUAACCACACACACAUACAGUGAAGCACAUACACACACAUUGAAUUACCAAGGUGAAACUAGAGUAUGGGGUUAGUACUUGUGCAAAAAUUUAAUAAAACAGGAUAGUGAAAUAUUAGUAAUCAUUGUUGUUAUAAUUGAUACAUAAAUUGCACUGCUUGGAGUUUAAAAUCUUGUUAACUUUGAAGUUUGGAAUUGGGUAGUUUGGAUAUGAUAUAUUUAAGAAACUUGAAAAACUUGAACCUAUUUUUUGUUGUUUUAUAUAUUUGUAGUUAUAUUAUAUGCAUUGGCUGCUAUGGGGAAAAGUGUCUCAAACGCUUUUUAUUAUUUUCUUUUGGGGUUUAAUAAUUUCUUUAGUUAUUUUUCCUUAUGCUGAUAGGCACUGCUAUGGUUCUGUAAGAACCCAGUUGAAGAGCUCUCUUUCCUAACCAACACUGGAAUCCACAGUCAAUCUUGAAAAGGGUUAUUGAAAAUAUAAGGUUGCAAAAAAUAUAUGUUGAAGAGAAAUGUCACAAUGAAGAAUGUUAUGGGUGGGAGGUUGUUCACGCAACCUCUUUUUUUGUGUUUUAGUUUGUAUUUCUUUUAAUCCCCAGACUUUUGAACAGUGUCCUGAUAACGGGUUACAUGACUUCCCCCCCCCCCCCCCCCCCCCCCUGUUUCCAAACUCCACAUGAAACUAAACUUGUCAAGUCAUCUAAAAAGUUGACCGGAUCUCCACUGAGGCUCUACACAAGCUACUGGGAUGGUGGGCAGAGUUCUUCCUGGCACACAUUCAUUUCCAUGGGGGGAUUCGAUGGCUACAUUCCCUUGUGUUCCUUGGUCCGCCUCAGCCUAUGGUUGAGUUUGCGUCUGGCCCGGGCCAGACAUUGACGUCCAAUCGGAACUAGAUAAUUCAUAACAGUGAAAUAUUUAUCAUGACUGCGAGGUUCCCUUGUAUGUACUGCACUUAAAUUACUGAGACUUCUAAUGCCUUGUGGGACUCGAGUGAAAACGAAAAAAUUGGAUCAGUGCGGCAGUUCUCUGGUCCUAAAUUAGCAUUUCCUUUGUCAGUCAAAUUUCACUGGUAAAUUGAAUUUAUUAACUGGAGAGAGAGGAAGAGAGAGAGCUGGGGCAUUGUCGUGGGGAAAUUCUGGCAACAGUGUAGAUUUAUGAAGUGCAAUUAUUAUGACUGUAUUAACAUUUUUCUCUGAGCUUACACCAAAAAAUGUAAACUACAGUUGUGAAUACAUUCCCUGUGUACCACAUCCCAACCCCAUCCUUUAUUGUUUUGAGGUGUAAAAUAAAUUUCAUUUAAGAAUAUAUUGAGAAGCCACAUGUUGGCUUUGAAGUCUGUCAUUAUUUAAAAAGCGUGUUCAUCAGUAAAGAGAGAAAGGGACUGGAGGGACGCAGAACAGAAGAAAGGGAUUUUUUAUUUCUUCUGUUACGGUCGAAAAAAAAGCCUCAGACUUCAGCCAACGUUCAAGGCAAUGUCACGCUGGCAGAGUGAAUUAUAAAUAUAAGGUACACUUACACACUUACAAUCACAUGAUCCGACAUUACCGAAAUAUUUCUGUCUCUCUAAAACAACUGUGUGUGUGGAUAGUUCAGCUGCAAAACAGGAUUGGUAUGAUCAUAGAGUGGGGAAAAACCAAAAGCGGCGGAAUAGCGUCAUCAUUUGCACCUCGAUGUAUCAGCAAAUGUGUAAUUUGAAUUUCCCCUCAAGAUAACCCCUAGCUUUAUCUGAACCAGAAGCCUUACAUUAGUAAACUAGUAGUGUUUGUGGAAGUGCUACUGUCUUGGAAAGCUGACAACGCUCUUAGCCGGGGAACAGAGAACCUCCAGACUUGCUCUUGCACAGUAAGCCUCCUUAACAUUCCACUGAAAUAUUUCCAUGUUGUUUCAAGGGCUUAACGCCCAAGCCACAGUCCUGGAUCUAGCAUAUUUUCUGUCUUGUAGAAAUAUUUUGACAGAUUUACAGAUACAUCCAGACUCAAAUCCCUUCCCUUUGGAUUCUGCAUCCAAGCAUUAAAGCAUGUCAUAUGACGUUGAACAGAAUGUGUGUGUUUAUGAGGGAGGAGAGAGAAAGAGAGAGAGAGCGAGAGAGCGAGAGAGACAGAGAGAGAGAGACAGAGAGACAGAGAGACAGAGAGACAGAGAGACAGAGAGAGAAGCUGCUGGUGUCAGCCCUUUCCCACAACUAAGGGUUUGUGGUAGCGGGCCUCUUAUCUACUGGAAGUGAAUCGUGGGUUAAGCCUGGCUGCUGGACACUGAGGGUGGGGAGUACAGUGUAGUAACCCACCUCCUCCUUCACAAGAAAGGAAUAAGCAGGUUACCAUGGCAGCGAGGAACAAGAGGAGAGGACAGAUGAGUAACUGGCUGUUAGUUUGUGAAUUUGUUCCCUUCAAAAGGGAACGAUGUGAAUUGGAGAGGUGGGAAGUGAAAUCCGAACGUAGACCAGGCUUCCGGCGUGGAAGCAUUUGACGAUCCUUCUGCCACUCAGUUUGUUUUUUGACGGUUUUGCCAUAAUCAGAUGGAACUGAAUCAAGACAAUCGGAAGAAACGAACUUGGAUUAUAAGGAGUUUUCCUUGGUGUGAGGAGAAAGGGACAGUUUGUUAGAUUUGGGGGAUACCUGGAAACCCUUUUGCACGUGUGUACAUCUUGUUUCAUGUGGAUGGGUAGGAUUUGGGGGUCUCACACAGGUUCUAAACAGUCUGGCCGUGGGCCCUUGUUGGUGGGAACGCAUCCUACCCUGUCACAAUGGUGUUUUCUAGAAUUCCUGGUUUAGGACAAUGGACGCUCAACCCCAUAUUAGGAUAAUGGAAUUACAGUUGGAACAGAUUUGUGCCUGAGCCGAUCUAUGUGAGUCUCUCUCUGGGAGUGGCAUAUGGCCUGCCAUUAGCUAAACCCUGGCUCCCUCAGCAAGAGCCAGCAGGGUUCAGUGGUACUUAAACAACCCAGGGUUAGGACUGGGUUAGGG